ACUGUCUCACUCUUUGCUUUCUCUACUGAAAAUUGGGCAAGACCCGAGGAUGAAGUUAACGGCCUGAUGUCCUUGUUCGAGGAAAACUUUAGGUCUGAGAUGCCUUUCUUCCAAAGAGAUAAAAUAAAGAUCUCAGUUAUUGGAAACCGGACGAAAAUCCCCCAGUCACUUCUAGGUUUGAUAAGAGAAACAGAGGAAGCUACAAAGAGCUAUGAAGGGAAGCAUCUCAUUUUAGCAAUAGACUAUAGUGGAAGAUUUGAUAUCAUGCAAGCGUGCAAAAGUCUAGCCGAAAAGGCGAAAAACGGGCUGAUCCAAGUAGAGGACAUUGACGAGAAUGUGAUAGAUAAAGAGUUGAUGACAAACUGUAGCGAGUUUCCAAAUCCUGACCUAUUGAUCAGAACGAGCGGAGAGCAAAGAAUCAGUAACUUCUUCUUAUGGCAAUCUGCUUACACUGAGCUCUACUUUCCUAACGUUCUUUGGCCUGACUUCGGUGAGGCUGAGUAUCUUGAGGCCUUGACUUGGUAUCAGCAAAGGCAGAGGCGAUUCGGUCGACGAGUUUAGGCUUUGUAUUUCAUGUCUCACAAAUAAAUUGCAUUUGAUUGCAAUAAUUUGCGUUUGAUUUUGUGUGUUAUUGUUCUUUGAUUCUCACACGCAUGUAUAAGUUGUUAGUAACAUCGUUCUCUUGCAAUACAAGAAACUGGAAUAUCUCAAAAGAUCUAGUUCUUGAGGUACAAAACGUCCAUUAUUACACAUCAUAUACAGUUUUUAUUACACCAAUGAAAAAAAACUCAAGAUUUCGACCACCAAAGCGACGCUGUCUCUCUGC